AUGGUGACGGAGAUCAAGGCCUACAUUGCCUCAGAAAUGGUGGUCCUGAAAACAGACCUCAGCACUCUGGCAGGCAGGAUACAAUCCACAAAGAAAAAUGUCCGCAGCCUCAAACAGGAUACCACAACGGCCCAGCUACAUGAGGUAUCCCUUACAUGUGCAGAGCUGACAGCAGAAAUGGGACAGCAGGAAGAUAUGGCAAGACAGUGCAAUUUAACAAUCUGGGGGAUCCCAAAUGCUAUCGAUGCUGGUGAGCUCCCACAGUUCAUUAUGAAACUAAUCUCCACUACCUUGACACCCAAACAGGCUAAAGGUACGCUACUAGAUGGGAUAUACCGCCUCACAGGGAACCUUACAAACAAACCCUCUGGAUCCAGAGAUGUCAUAGUAUGCUUUCGGUCAUGGACUGACAAAGACUCAUUUAUGGCACAAGUCAGAGGCCAAUCUCCAUUCAUUUUUGAACAACAUUCACUGUGCUUCUUUCAAGAUCUCAGCAGGUCCACACUGCAGUGGCGUGCCACAUUGAAGGAGGUGACUUCUCAACUGCGAACAGUAGACAUUCCAUACAGGUGGGGGACCCCACAAGCGCUUGUGGCAGAGAGGAAUGGUAAAAGGCACAGACUUACCUCAGUGUUCAACACCGACAGCUUCCUGCAAUCUCUGGGACAGACCACUACCACCACUUCCAGGCCGAACAGACCUACACACGAGUGGGAUGUUGACAACGUAGGGGUCUUUACACCUGCCAGCUCAACGGCCCCAGGAUGA